UGAGCUGCUACGUCAUCAGCUCGCGAGCUCGCUGUCACUGACUGAGAGUCUCCGUGGAGACGCUAAAUCAAGGCUCCAGAUUCCAGAGGGUGUUAUGGCGACUUUCCAGGAGUUCAUCCAGCAAAACGAGGACCGCGAUGGUGUCCGUUUCAGUUGGAACGUUUGGCCGUCCAGUCGUCUGGAAGCCACGCGUAUGGUGGUUCCGGUGGCUUCCCUGUUCACCCCGCUGAAGGAGCGGCCGGAUCUUCCCCCGAUUCAGUACGAGCCAGUUCUGUGCAGCCGGGCCACGUGUCGAGCUGUGCUCAAUCCUCUGUGUCAAGUGGAUUACAGAGCAAAACUCUGGGCUUGCAACUUCUGUUAUCAGAGAAACCAGUUCCCGCCAACUUACGCUGGAAUAUCGGAGGUCAACCAACCUGCUGAGCUUCUUCCACAGUUCUCCACUAUUGAAUAUGUUGUCCAGCGUGGUCCACAGAUGCCCCUGAACUUCCUGUAUGUGGUGGACACAUGCAUGGAAGAUGAUGAUCUGCAGGCACUGAAGGAGUCGCUUCAGAUGUCCCUCAGCCUGCUGCCUCCCACUGCUCUGGUGGGCCUCAUUACGUUUGGACGCAUGGUCCAGGUUCACGAGCUGGGCUGUGAGGGCAUCUCUAAGAGCUACGUCUUCAGGGGCACCAAAGACCUCAGUGCUAAGCAGCUUCAGGAGAUGCUUGGGUUAACUAAACCAGCUGCAGCACAGGCAGGCCGAGGGCCACAACAGCCUCAGGUUCCUCCUUCAAACAGGUUUCUGCAGCCAGUACAGAAGAUAGAUAUGAAUCUGACAGAUUUGCUGGGAGAGCUGCAGAGAGACCCCUGGCCCGUCACUCAAGGAAAACGACCACUGAGAUCACUCGGAGUGGCUCUUUCCAUUGCUGUUGGUCUGUUAGAGUGCACUUUCCCUAACACUGGUGCUCGCAUCAUGGCUUUCAUCGGUGGGCCCGCCACUCAGGGUCCGGGUAUGGUGGUAGGAGAUGAACUGAAAACGCCUAUUAGAUCCUGGCACGACAUUGAGAAAGACAAUGCCAAGUUCAUGAAGAAAGCCACUAAACACUAUGAAGCCUUGGCCAACCGUGCUGCUGCCAAUGGACACAUCAUUGAUAUUUAUGCAUGCGCUCUGGAUCAGACAGGAUUACUGGAAAUGAAGUGCUGCACCAACCAUACAGGGGGUUAUAUGGUCAUGGCAGACUCUUUCAACACAUCCCUGUUCAAGCAAACUUUCCAGAGAGUUUUCACAAAGGACGAGCAGGGCUCUUUUAAGAUGGCAUUUGCAGGGACUCUUGAGAUUAAGACUUCAAGAGAGAUAAAGAUUUCUGGAGCAAUCGGCCCAUGUGUCUCCCUGAACGCCAAAGGUCCCUGUGUGUCAGAAAACGAAAUAGGAACUGGUGGCACAAGUCAGUGGAAGAUUUGUGGACUGGAUCCAAACACCACUCUUGCAUUCUACUUUGAGGUCGUGAAUCAGCACAACGCUCCUAUCCCACAGGGUGGACGUGGAGCCAUACAGUACGUGACGCAAUAUCAGCAUUCUAGUGGGCAGAGGCGCAUCAGAGUGACCACAAUUGCAAGGAACUGGGCUGAUGCGCAGACUCAGAUCCAGAGCAUCGCUGCAUCUUUAGACCAGGAGGCCGCUGCCAUCCUCAUGGCCCGCCUGGCCGUCUAUAGGGCUGAGACAGAGGAGGGCCCGGAUGUUCUGCGCUGGUUGGACCGACAGCUCAUCCGCUUGUGCCAGAAAUUUGGAGAUUAUCAUAAAGACGAUCCCAACUCAUUCCGCUUCUCCGAGACGUUCUCAUUGUAUCCUCAGUUUAUGUUCCAUCUGAGGAGGUCUCCAUUCCUGCAAGUGUUCAACAACAGUCCUGAUGAAAGCACCUAUUACAGGCACCAGUUCAUGAGGCAGGACCUGACCCAGUCUCUGAUAAUGGUACAGCCCAUCCUGUAUGCGUAUUCAUUUAAUGGACCGCCAGAGCCUGUGUUGCUGGACAGCAGCAGUAUCUUGCCUGACCGCAUCCUCCUCAUGGACACCUUCUUCCAAAUUGUGAUUUACCAUGGAGAGACGGUGUCUCAGUGGCGUAAAGCCGGGUACCAGGACAUGCCUGAGUAUGAGAACUUCCGCCACCUGCUUCAGGCUCCUGUGGAUGACGCCCAAGAGCUUCUGCACAAUCGUUUCCCCAUGCCACGCUACAUCGACACAGAGCACGGCGGCAGUCAGGCUCGUUUCCUCCUCUCCAAAGUGAAUCCUUCUCAGACUCACAACAACAUGUAUGCAUGGGGUCAGGAGUCUGGCGCACCCAUUCUGACAGACGACGUGAGUCUUCAGGUGUUUAUGGAUCAUCUGAAAAAGCUGGCAGUGUCCAGCGCUGCCUGAGAGCCUCCGUCAUUUUCUCAGUAACACACAGGCAGCAGGGUCACAUUGGCACUGCCCUAAGUUUUCCCCAUUCAUAUCAUGCAUAUAUUGAACCUAGAUCUUUGAAAAGAGAGAUUGAGUCAAUCGUGAAAGGAAAUGUAAUUCUUUAAUGAUUAAUUAUGAAAAAAAGGUAAACACUCUAUGUUGAGUAUACAUCAGGACAAGAUAUUUGUUAC